CAGGCAUCGAAUGCAUCGCCAAACUUCAGGCACCCACAUCGCAUCAAGUUCUUUUGUUCUUCAUUGUUCCACAGCGAGAUACCCGCCAGUUUUUGUUGACUUUCUCUUUUGUACGACGAGUGCCGCCAUAGUUAACAUCUUCCCUUUUGGGAUCCGAGGUCAUUCCUGGUCAAAGGUAACCCGGCCGCUCUUCGAUCGCUCUCCGAACCCGAAACGCCGCCCGAAACGCCGCCCGAAACGACGCGCCGGUCAGCACCUGCAGCCCUUCCUCUCCCUCUCCGUCCCGUCCGUUCAACGCAGCUUCGACCAAUUAUCUAGAGUCUCUCCAUCACUUGCACUAGGACGACUUGAAUCCGCCCCGUGCGGCGACUCGACUCCCAUCCCAGACUUGGUCGUUCCGAACCUCCAGCCAACGAACCAUCACUACUACUACUACACACGCCACACGAGACCAACAAGCAUGGCACCCCCUCUCGAAAUAUCCAUCCCCACCACCUCUCUACACACCCCGACCGACAACAACUCGAACCCCACCGGCAAACCAUACACCCUCUACAACAUCACCCUCCGCCUCCCGCUCCGCUCCUUCGUCGUCCAGAAGCGCUACUCGGAGUUUGCCGCCCUGCACGAGACCCUCACCCGCCUGGUCGGCGCGCCGCCGCCGGCGCCGCUGCCCCCCAAGUCUUGGUUCCGCUCGACCGUCUCGUCGCCCGAGCUCACGGAACAGCGCCGCGCGGGGCUGGAGCGCUACCUGCGCGCCAUCGCGGAGCCGCCCGACCGCCGGUGGCGCGACACGCCCGCGUGGCGGGCCUUUCUGAACCUGCCCCCCUCGGCGGGCGGCGGCGGCGGCGGCGUCGGCUCCUCGUCCGUAUCCGGUUUCAGCGUCGAGGGCCGCAUCCCCGCCAUCGGGCUGCGCGACGCCAACCUGGCGGCCGCGAGCGACCCGGCCACGUGGGUCGACCUCAACAAGGAGAUGAAGACGGAGCUGAGCGCGGCCAGGGCGGCGCUGGCGCGCAAGGAGCACGCCACCUCCGACCCGGAGGCGCGCGAGGCCGAGGCGCAGGCGCGGAAGGCCCUCAUCAAGGCGGGCAGCCUGAUGGGCCCGCUGGAGGAAGGGCUGCGGGUCAUGAAGGAGAGCGGCAGGCUCGGCGGCGGGGAGUUUACGAGGCGGAGGGACGCGGUCGAGGCGGCCAAGUACGAGAAGGGCCUGCUGGACCAGUUGGCGGCGAGCCUGGCCGCGAGGGGGCUAAGCGGCGGCGGCGGCGACGCGGGGCGGGGGGAGCAGGGGGAGAGCGACAAGGCCAAGCUGAUUGGGUCGCGGCGGCCGGCGGGCAGGACGCUCGGGGCGCCGCCGCCGGAGACGGAGGAGACGAGGGAGCUGGAUAACGAGGGCCUGUUGCGGCGGCAGAAGCUCGUCGUCGAGGAGCAGGACGAGCGCGUGAACCUGCUGGGGGCCGCGGUCCGGAAGCUGCACCAGCUGGGGACGGCGAUCGAGGGAGAGGUCGCCCAUCAGAACAGCCUGCUGGAUCAGGCCAACGACGCGGCGGACAGCCUGCACCGCAAGCUCGGCGUCGCCAACCGGCGCGUCAAGAACCUAUGACGGGAACCGCCGCCUCCCGGAGCGACGGUGGUCUGGGUCUCGUCGGACGCCUCAUCUGCCGUCUCCGUCGGCAGCGGUUCGUCUAACGCUAGAGCAGCGACUGCCGCGGCGAUACCGGGGGAGAAGACGGGUGGUGGGCGACAGGCGGGAGGCGGCGUGAUCAACACCC